AUGUUUAAAUUAGGAAGAAAAACUAGAAGGAAUAGCUCACUUAGUGACUUUGAAUUCCAGCAUCAAGAAUUCGCAGAAAAAUUACUUGAUUUAGAACUGAAGCUCGAGGAAUCCUGCGACCAGUCCACAAUUGAUGAAAUCAUCAAGCUCUACACAGUAAGCCCUAAUUUAGUCCGCAAUUGAUUAUUAUGAGUCCAUAAACGAUCAAAAAUCAUCAAGCUAUCACAAGAAGCUGCAAGGAUUCCUGGCACGCAAGGACGUGAAAGACGCCAUCAAAUCGCCAAAUGCACCAAGACUUAAUCGUCAUGAGCAGCCUCCUAGAAGGACUCGGAUGCUUUCAAAACACACUUCAAGCCUCCCGGACCUUCAUCUCCACGCAAUAGAAAACGUAAUGAAAGAGCAUGAAUGCGGUACGAAUAAUGCCCACCAUUUAUUGCAGGAUAAUUUAAAGAAGCAAGAAGAUUUGUUUGAGUCGAAAAUCCAAGAAAGACAGCAGAGAGUAAAAAGUCAUACCCUUUCGCAUAAAGAAAAUUUGGCGAUAAUGGGGAGGACUAGUGAUAAGCAAAUUGAUAGAAUUAAUCAAAUGUUUGAAGAUGAAAAAAGCAAAAGAAUAAAAGAAGUGAGAAGCUUAUAUUCUGGACAGAUUGAUGAAAUGAGAUCUAUCGCAAACUGCGAUAUCCUUAAGCAAGUAGUUGUUGAAAUGGAAAAGAGUAUGGAAAGAGAAAUCGCUAAUGUGACUGCAAAACUCGCUAAUGAGAAAUACAUAGAAAUUGAUAAGCUUCGAAGAAGCCGGGGUGUUACCAUUUCUUAA